UCUUCUACUGGCUUCUUUGUUUUCAGUUGAUAAUUCUUCCUUUUCCACUCACUAAAAAGUCACGGACGAUGCAAAUUUCCGGCGUACUCGCCGACGUAUCGGUGGUUCAUCCGUCCGCCGGUGGGUACAAUUCCAAGCACUUCCUCGCAUUGCCAGACUCUAAGCCUUCAAUCUCCCUUUCUGUUCCCAGAGGAUACCCGUCAUAUUCGUUUCGGACGGUAGGAAUUGGCGCAGACCAACGAAAAGGAUCAUUUACCGUUAAAGCAUCUGGACGACCUCCAGGUGAUUUGGUCCCAAUUGCGCCUGUUCAACUUGACUCCCCAGUUGGUCAGUUUUUGGCGCAAAUACUACAAAGUCACCCGCAUCUACUCCCUGCAGCUAUUGACCAGCAACUUGAGAAUCUUCAGAGUGAAAGAGAUGCGGAAAAGGAGAAAAGCUCGCAAUCAUCCCAAGAUCUCCUGUAUAAGAGAAUAGCUGAGGUAAAAGAGAAAGAAAGGUGCAAGGCGGUAGAGGAAAUAAUUUACUGCCUGGUGGCUCACAAGUUUAUAGAUAAUGAAAUUUCCAUGAUUCCAAAGGUAACUUCUACCUCUGAUCCUGCCGGAAGGGUUGAUUUUUGGCCAAAUCAAGAAGAGAGGCUGGAAUCUGUGCACUCACCUGAAGCAUUUGAAAUGAUAGUUAACCACCUUUCUCUUGUACUCGGAGUUCGGGCAGUAGGGCCCCUGGACACAAUGGUGCAGAUCAGUAAAUUAAAACUUGGCAAGCUUUAUGCUGCCUCCAUUAUGUAUGGUUAUUUCCUUAGAAGAGUUGAUGAGAGAUAUCAACUUGAGAAAUCGAUGAAUACCCUCCCUGAAGCAUUUGCAAAGGGCCAGUCAGAUUUUCAGAGACCAAUAUCUGAAAAGCAGCUCUGGGAUCCAGAUUCUUUGAUAGUCAUCCCCCCUGAUUAUGAUGAUGAAGGAGAGCCAUCAGACUUUGGAACUGAUGAUAAAUCAUACAGGUUGAAAUCCUACGUGAUGUAUUUGGAUGCAGAAACACUCCAAAGAUAUGCAACCAUAAGGUCUAAAGAGGCAAUUUCUUUGAUAGAAAAGCAAACACAGGCAUUAUUCGGAAGGCCUGAUAUUAAGGUUGCUGAAGAUGGUUCCUUAGAUGCAUCCAACGAUGAAAUGAUCUCCUUGACAUUCUCCGGAUUGACAAUGUUGGUGUUGGAGGCAGUUACAUUUGGUACUUUUUUGUGGGACGCUGAAGGUUAUGUUGAAUCUAAAUACCAUUUCUUUAAAGUUUAGGGAUCGUUAGUUCCUAUUCUUUCUGCCCCAGUAUAGUUAAUAUCUUUCAAAUUUGAUGCGGUCAUGCUUAGAGAUACUUAUGCUUUUGAGCAUCAUCAGUGUGAAACUAGUAUUUGUAAAUUCUCAGCCAACCUAAAUAUAAACAUUGUUUCAUGUGCAUCUGUACCCAUUACUAUGAAUGUCUUGAAUCCCGUUAGAUAGUAGUCUCCGACUCUCAGGUUAGCUACUAUUCGAGGUAAAUUCAGUCCUGCCCCUAAAGUUCAGUUGGUAAAGGAAUACCUCUAAACUCCUAAAGUUCAGUCCUGCCCCUAAAGUAGCAAGGAUAUACGGUAUAGUCCAGUUGGUAAAAGGAAUAGCUUGUAGCCAUUGCAGUUUCGGGAUGAAGUUGAACAACUUUUUUCAUGAUGAUAUUUGAUUCUAUAAGACUAAAAUGUCCAAAUGG